GCGAAGAUAGAUUUCAAGGCUCGGAAUAGCUCGUCGGAGGAUCGUCGCUGUUGCCGUCGCCAUCGUCUCUCUCCUCUCUCCUCUCUCUCUAAACCCUAAACCCUAAACCCUAAUGCUUAUUCAGAAACCUCGCUAUUCGGUAUACAGAAUCCUCAAAUCCAUUAAACAGAAUCGUCGUUCCAGUUUUCGAGUUUAUCCUCUGCAAUUCUCCUCUUCGUCAGGUCAUUCAUGGCUGUCCACGCCGGGAAAACCCCUCAUUAACUGGCCGUCACUGCCUGACCAAUCCGGCCAUUCAUUGCAAUCAAAUCCUGCCGCGAUUUCAAACCCUAACUCCGAAGGAACUUAUGUGCAGAAUGACUUCUCUACCAUUUCUGACAUUCUCUCCGACCGCAGUGUUCGACCAGAUGCGGAACUCGAGGAUGCUUUGGACCGGACUGGAAUUGUACCGAGUUCGAGUCUGUUGGAAGCUGUGUUCGAUCACUUCGAUUCGUCUCCCAAGUUUUUGCACUCGCUGUUUCUCUGGGCUGCGAAGAAACCUGGAUUCCAUCCCUCUGCGGCAUUGUUCAAUUGCGUUAUCAACGUGCUUGCGAAAUCGAAGGAUUUUGAUUCGGCUUGGUCCUUGAUUAUUCGUUGUCUCCGUGGAGAUGAAGAAUCCUCUUUGGUUUCAGUGGACGUCUUCGUGAUAUUGAUCAGACGGUACGCUCGUGCAGGCAUGCUUCAACCCGCAAUUCGAACUUUCGAAUUUGCUUGCAAUCUAGAAACAGUUUCUGGGACCAACUCUGAGAGCUUGUUUGAGAUUUUACUGGAUUCGCUCUGCAAAGAAGGCCAUGUGAGGGCAGCUUCUGAGUACUUCAAUAGAAAAAGGGAGUUGGUUUUGAAUUUCAACCCAUCAAUUCGAGCAUAUAACAUACUUCUAAAUGGAUGGUUUCGGUCAAGAAAGCUCAAACAUGCUGAGAGACUCUGGUUUGAGAUGAAGAAGAACAAAAUAUCACCCACUGUUGUGACAUAUGGCACCCUCGUUGAAGGUUACUGUCGAAUGCGUCGUGUCGAGAGAGCCAUUGAAUUGGUAGAUGAGAUGAGGGGAGAAGGUAUUGAGCUGAAUUCAAUUAUAUACAACCCAAUUGUUGAUGCAUUAGGGGAAGCUGGGAGGUUUAAGGAGGCACUGGGAAUGAUGGAGCGGUUCAUGGUUUUGGAGCGAGGCCCUACGAUCUCGACGUACAAUUCUCUUAUCAAGGGUUAUUGUAAGGCAGGAGAUCUUUCAGGGGCUAGCAAGAUCCUUAAGUCGAUGAUAAGUAGAGGAUUCGUUCCGACCCCGACUACCUAUAACUACUUCUUCAGGUCCUUCUCAAAAUAUGGUAAAAUUGAGGAGGGUAUGAACCUUUACAAUAAAAUGAUUGAAUCAGGAUAUACACCAGAUAGACUUACCUAUCAUCUAUUGCUGAAGAUGUUAUGUGAAGAGGAGAGAUUAAACCUGGCAGUUCAAGUUUGCAAUGAAAUGAAGGCCAGAGGGUUUGACAUGGACUUGGCAACAAGCACCAUGUUAAUUCAUUUGCUCUGCAAGAUGCAUAAAUUCCAAGAGGCUUUUGCAGAAUUCGAGCACAUGAUUCGUCGAGGAAUAAUUCCUCAAUAUCUCACUUUCUGCAGAUUGCAUGAUGAAUUCUCCAAACGUGGAUUAACAAAAAUGGCAUGUAAGCUAAAAGAAAUGAUGUCUUUGGUUCCUCAUUCAGAUAAGUUGCCCGAUACAUAUAGUCCAGCUCCCGAUUCCAUUCGCGCUAGAAGAACAUCUAUUAUGCGUAAAGCCGAGGCAAUGUCGGAAAUGUUGAAGGUCUGUAACGACCCUCGAGCGCUUGUUAAGCGCAGAAAUCCAUCUGAAAAUGCUGUAUCCAGUGCCAACAAGUUGAUAGACGACAUCAAGAAGAAAGCCACCGUAGCGUGACAAUAUGAAUUCUGUUUAAGAUUUUGUUGUUGCUGCUCAUUAGCUGAGUACAAGAUGACAUAAUUUCUGCUUAAGAUUUUGUUGUUGCUGCUCAUUAGCUGAGUACAAGAUGACAUAAUUUCUCCAUAUGAGACUCUUAACAGACGAAUCGAUUUCACUGUCAUGUGCAGUGAUUUGGUUACUGGUGAGUGGACAAAUAUUCGAUGAAGAGCUCGGAAGAAUUCAGUUCGACUUGUGAUUGUUUUAUAUAUUUUGAUGUAGAACAGAUCUCACAAAGGGUUAAUGCAUUUAUUUCAACAGCAACAACACUGUCAUACAGAACCCCAACUCUGAUUUUCUCCUUUCUUUUUGCUCAAUCUCUAUAUUUCUCUCAUAUCUGAGAACUUUUUUUCUCACCAGGGAUCAGAAGCCGACCAAAUGGCAGAGGCAGAGGGGAGAAAUAGGAGGGGAUGGGACAUGGGAGUGCUGAAUUCAAGGCCAUGAUGACGUAUCGUAUGUGGGGGUGGCUGAAAAGCAGGGUUUUUCAAACAGAAUGAUGAUGAAACGCACAAUUGCUUUUGGGGGAAGUGCUUUUGCAACGCCCAACUCAGUUGAAUUGCAUCAUG